AUGGAUAACGCUGUGAUCUCGACGAGCAGGAAGAGAUGGACUGAAUGUGUGGUGCACAGAGAGGCAGCUUUCGUGUUCCUCCGAACAGGACCCAGAGGUGAAGCCCUGCACCAUGGUCAGUCUGGGACCCUCCCCCGCUUCCUGGAGGAGCCUGUUGAUGCCUACAUUAUUAAAAGCAACCCCAUCAAGCUGCGGUGUCAAGCCCGGCCGGCGCUCCAGAUCUUCUUUAAGUGCAAUGGAGAAUGGGUCCACCAGAGCCAACACAUGUCUCAGGAGCUCACUGAUGUUGUGACAGGGCUGAAGAUCCGUGAAGUGAUGAUCAACGUGUCCCGUCAGCAGGUGGAGGACUUUCAUGGUCCGGAGGAUUACUGGUGCCUGUGUGUCGCCUGGAGUCACCUGGGAACCUCCAAGAGCCGCAAGGCCACGGUCCGCAUUGCAUGUAGAAUGGCUGAGAAAUGAGGAUUCUCUGCGUUUUGGUGAUGAUGGUGUGAUGAACACGAAAGGUGAACAUGAUCUAAUCAUCUCUGAAGCUCGACUCUCCGACUCUGGGAACUACACCUGCGUCGCUAGCAACAUCGUGGCCAAGAGACGAAGUGCCACAGCUUCUGUUGUGGUUUACGUGAACGGAGGCUGGUCGUCAUGGACAGACUGGUCGCCCUGUAGCGUACGGUGUGGUCGAGGUGUGCAGAAACGAUCUCGAACGUGCACAAAUCCAGCUCCCCUCAACGGAGGAGCAUUCUGUGAGGGACUGUCUGUGCAGAAGAGCACCUGCAGCACAGUGUGUCCAGUUGACGGUGGCUGGGGGGAGUGGAGUGAGUGGUCUGCGUGCAGUUCGGACUGCGAGAGGCAGCGCAGCAGAGAAUGCACAGCACCGGAGCCCAAACAUGGAGGAAGGCUGUGUGACGGGGUGGCGGUGGCUGCCGACAACUGCACGGGUGGCCUGUGCAUGCAGAAUCGGAAGUUGCUCCAUGAUGCAAAGCCUCAAGGAGUGGAGAGGACCAGUGAUGUGGCCUUAUACUCGGGCCUAGCUGUGGGAGUGGUGACUGUGGUGCUGCUGAUCAUCGCCGUCACUCUUUAUCGACGAAGCCAAAGCGAGUACGGUGUUGAUGUCAUUGACUCGUCUGCACUCACCGGGGGCUUCCAGUCGUUCAGCUUCAAGACGUCCAGACAAGCAAACCCUCUGCUCAUUAAUUCAUCCAUGCAGCCUGACCUGACGGUGUCGCGCACGUACACGAGCCCCAUGUGUUUCCAGGACUCCAUUGACAAGGAGAUAAUGGCUGAGCACUCGCUUCUCGACCCGCUGCCUGAUCUGAAGGCCAAAGGGGUGGCAGAAAGGGCAGAGUACCACAUCAUGUCCCACCCUCAGACAUUUCCACGGGGCCUGGCUCCAGACUACAGAGAGGUUCCCGUGGGGACGACGCUGGGCCGAAGAGGCAGAAACCUUUUCGCUCAGCAAGCCUUUCAGCCUCACAGCAGGCCUGUGAACAAAGCGACCGCAGUGUUUGGCCACGCUGGAGGCAGGCUGGUGGUGCCAAACACAGGUAUCAGUCUGCUGGUGCCUCAUGGGGGGAUCGCAGAAGACACUACCUGGGAAAUGUACAUGAGCAUCAACCAGGAGGACAGCAGGAAGUGAUGUCUGUAGAUGAGGAGAGCACAUCCUGCUACUGCCUGCUGGAGGCCCAGAGAUGCCAUGUGCUGCUGGGUCAGCCGGGUCGAUACGCGCUGGUGGGGGAGCCUUUGAACCAGGAAGCAGCCAAGCGGCUCAGACUGGCUGUGUUCGGAAGUUCUGAUGUCAGCAACUCUUUGGGAUUCACCCUCAGAGUUUACUGCGUGGACGACACGCCGUACGCUUUUCAGGAGGUGGCUGUGGGUGAACGCAGCAGAGGAGGGCGGCUGCUGGAAGAACCUAAAAUGAUGCUGUUCAGGGGGAACACCUUCAGCCUCCAGGUGUCCAUCCAGGACGUCCCACGGUUACUCUGGAGCAUCAAGCCUUUCACCACCUGCCAGGAGUUCUCCUUUUCUCAGGUGUGGGCCGGGAACCAGAGUCCCCUGCAGUGUGCCUUCUCUUUGGAGCGAUACAGCCUCUCCUCGUCUCAGCUCUCCUGCAAGAUCAGCGUCCGACAGGUGGCAGGAGAGGAGCACCUUCUGCAGAUUUACACGUCUGUAGUAGAGAAUGAGAAGGGAGUGGUCCCCUUCUUCACUCAGUCCGACUGUACCAUCACCUCUCAGAUGGGGUCCAGGGCUUUUAAAAUCCCCCCGUCCAUCCAUCAGCGGAUCACCGCCACCUUCGAUUCCCCCAACUCCAAAGGGAAGGACUGGCAGCUUUUGGCCCAGAAGCUUCACAUAGACAGGAACUUGUGCUACUUUGCGUGUCAGGAGAGCCCGUCUUCUGUGAUUCUGAGUCUGUGGGAAGCCCAGCACCAGGACUCUGGGGACCUGGACUCCCUGGCCAGCGCCCUUGAGGAAAUCGGAAAGGUCCAGUCCCCCAGGGGAACCUCCACCCUCGGCAGCAGCAGAGAGGACUCUGAAUUCACAAAGGUUGGGUAGGGAAUGUCGACCAGAGGCCACCUGAUGAUGAACCUUUACUGCAUGAACACUGAUAACCUACAGAGACGACGGGGAGGAGACUGUUAUUAAAGGAACGCCUCUGCCAAACCAAAUGCUCUAUCAAGACACCACAGAGUCAAGGACUGACCGAGACAGAAGAUUUUGUGUUUCAGGAGACGACGCAUUUUUGGAAAAGUGUAUCAGUGUGACCGAGAAACGCCUCGCAAACUUCCGAAGCCGAUUCAGUCACAUGUAGUCAGAGUCUAAAUGUCUGUGAGAGGUUUUAAACGCCAACACUGACGUGAUCCGACCCUCCCAGUACUAAAUGUGCUCGUACAGUACUCGCCAUCAAACCGUCCUUUGAAUAAUCAAAGUGUACUAAUGUCUUAAACAGGUUUUCUUGCUUAUUUUGUUUCAUUUCUUCAUUGUAAUAUCUCUGGGGUUUUAUUUUGGAAAAAAAAAGAAGGGGAAAAAAAACAGAAAGCAAUGAGUUUUUCCUGCCAUAACAUCGUGUCCAUAACGAACAGUGUUAGCAGUGAUUAGUACAUAAAAAGACUUAUUACAAAAGGUUUUACAGGAGUGUAUCAUCAUCAUCAUCAUCAUCAUCAUCAUCGUGAUUCAAGAAUCAUCCAGAAGAACACAACAGUGUUUUUAACCACACGAUUAGAAACAAGAAGAAGACGGGAACAAAGAGUUCAGAGGAGAAACCACCUGAUCUGUGCCUGAGCUGAACCACUCCUCCUGAGCUCCAGUGAUCAACAUCUGCUUCAUUUGGAGGAAGUUUAAUGUCUGACAUGUGACUUUAUCCCAAAUAUACUGGGCGAACUUUGCAAACCCUUCAGAUUGCUGGCAUUGGUGAAGUGGUGUGGUAUUUUUUUAUUUUUAAGUUUCCUGCAGUCUGAUUUUUUUUUCUGUCGCUCUCUCUCUCUCUCUCUUUCAAUUUUUUAUUAUUAAAAGUUUACCUUUUGAUGUUUGGCUUGACUGGAGCUGCCUCUCUUGGAUCACUGGUUCAUCAAAAACCUGGGCAAUGUAAUUUGGGAACAUUUUACCUGCUGUUGCUUCCUCUCCUCAGCAACUCCCAGCAUCCACUUUCAAAGCUGAUGAAAAGGAGGAAAAGAGUCCCUGCAGUCAAUUUUAUCCACCUGCCCCUAAACUUAAUAAAGUGACUUUGUGUUGAA